CGCCUAUGUAAGUUACUUAUAUACGUGUCAGCCUCACUUUCUAGUCUGAAUACUUUUACGGUAACGUCAGCGCUUACUGUGAGAAAUGUCACUUCGCACGGCUGCAUGUGGUUUCGGUGCUCGCCUCAGGGGUGUUUUACAGCCCUGCCCCGCUGCUGUUGCUGGCAGAAGAGCGUUCGUGGCCGCGGCUCCUCAGGCUGUGCAGUCCGUGUUGGAGGCCGAGCUGGACUCGAUCCGCGCCGCGGGCACAUGGAAGGGGGAGCGGGUAAUCACCUCCAAACAGGGUCCUCAUAUCUGCGUGGACGGCAGCAGAGGCGACAUAUUGAAUUUCUGUGCAAAUAACUACUUGGGUUUAUCCAGUCAUCCCGAGGUGGUGAAAGCAGGAGUAGAGGCUCUGCAGAAAUAUGGUGCUGGCCUUAGUUCAGUUCGCUUCAUCUGCGGCACCCAGAACAUCCACAAGAACUUGGAGGAGAAACUAGCCCAGUUCCAUGAAAGGGAAGACUGUAUUCUGUAUGCAAGCUGCUUCGAUGCCAAUGCUGGUCUGUUUGAGGUCCUGUUGGGUCCUGAUGACGCUGUUUUGUCGGAUGAACUGAAUCAUGCCUCCAUUAUUGAUGGCAUUCGAUUGUGUCGUGCCAAGAGGUUCCGGUACAAGCACAUGGACCUGAAUGACCUGGAAGAAAAGCUGAAAGAAUCACAGUCGUCCCGUCUGAGGUUGGUGGUCACCGACGGCGUGUUCUCCAUGGAUGGUGAUGUGGCUCCUCUGAAGGGUAUCUGUGAUCUGGCUGAGCAGUAUGGAGCAAUGGUCUUUAUUGAUGAAUGUCAUGCCACAGGAUUUAUGGGUGCUCGUGGCCGAGGGACUGAUGAGCUGCUGGGAGUGAUGGACAGGGUGCAGAUUGUGAAUUCCACACUGGGAAAAGCACUGGGAGGAGCUGCCGGUGGUUACACUGUUGGACCCAAGGCUUUAAUUGAGCUUCUGAGACAGCGGUCUCGUCCGUACCUCUUCUCAAACUCCCUCCCACCUCCAGUGGUGGGCUGUGCCACCCGUGCUGUGGAGCUCCUGCUGGCAUCCAAUGAAAUCGCUCAGUCCAUGGCAGCUAAAACCAUGAGGUUUAGAAACAACAUGACCCAGGCAGGGUUCACCAUCUCUGGCUCAGCUCACCCCAUCUGUCCUGUAAUGCUGGGAGACGCUCGCCUCGCUUCACUUAUGGCAGAUGACAUGCUAAAACUGGGAGUUUAUGUGAUCGGUUUCUCCUACCCCGUUGUUCCCAAAGGAAAAGCCCGCAUUCGUGUCCAGAUCUCUGCAGCUCACACUGAUGAGGACAUUGACCGCACUGUAGACGCCUUCAUACAGACCGGCAGGAAGCACGGUGUCAUUUCCUAAUGUCAGAAACCCAAAUUAUAAAGUUGUUGACUGUUAGAGUGAGGAUUACGUUACAUAUCAUAGCACAAAGAGCUUCUAUAGCUACUGAGAUCAUAAAAGGUCAAAGAAUAUUUGUAUAUUUUCGAUAUUGACAAUAAAUAAAUGCCUUUGUCUAUGAUUGCAAGUAGUUUCUUUCACAGCUGCCAUAAACCAAAAGUGUCUUGACUUUUUUCAGUUCAGACGUGUGGCAUUUGCUUUGUUAGAAAGUUUGUACAGAUCAUGCUUAUGCUGCAAAUGUUUAUAGAUGAGUUAGACAAUUUUAAUAAAACAAUGAUGGCAUUUAA